AAAACAUAACGUACGAAACUAGAAUUUCUUUUCAGGCAGAUUUUAUUUUGACGGGAUCAACCGGAUAUUUUUAGUGCGGAUUCAUGGCAACCACACUGCUGAGAUUGCCUUCCAAAACUAGCAUCGUUGAUGUGAACUAACGGUGAUAUACGACGAUAAAAAAAAAAAACUACAAAGGGAUGACUAAGGACGCUGCAGGAUACAUUUAUUAUUUUUUCAUUGAAAAGGUUUGAAUGGGUGUUUUCGAAAACAAUGACUGUAACGUGAGCAAAUAUUGUCGUCGAUUUGACAGACAGUCGUACAGAUGUUACGAACCAAAAUGCAGGGAAUGGGAUUAUAGUGGCACGCUUUGUGUUGUAUUUACGUUGAACGGGUUGAACUAGAACAAUGAGCAAUAUGAAGGACAAAGCGACUAUCCGUCAGCAGAGCUCGGAUAAUAACUCUGUGAGCAGCAGUGAAUGGGACAUGGCAAAUGAUGUCUUCGUGUCGGGCUACGACGAGAAUCCGAUGGGAGUGGAAAGCCGCGCCGGCGAGAGUGACCCAGUAGAACCCUGUUUGGACAGACACCUUCCCCUUUUAUCACAGGACGGUAUCAUGCUGUCCCUAUCCGAGGAAGAAUAUUCGAGCCCGUCUUACCUGGAAAUCGACCCAAACUACACUGAAAGUGACGGUAACGUGACAACCAAGAAACGCAUACGUUCCAACAGCUCCAGGCACAGGGGUGAGAUCGUCACCGAGUUGGGCCCGGAGGAGGUCAGGUGGUUUUACAAGGAAGACAAACGGACGUGGAAACCUUUCGUUGGACACGACUCUUUAAAAAUCGAGACCGCCUACGGAAGGUUCUGUGAGGUGAACCCCGACAAGGUCAAACGCAUCUGUGAAGCCAUCGAGACCGAAGGCAAAGAUGCAGUCACGUCCGAAGAGGACCAGACAGUGGAUGAAUGCAAUGUUCAGCCCUCAGUGUCCGAGGAGAUGAAAGACCCGGACGAAAGCAUUAACAUGGAGGCGGUGUGUGUGAGAGGAGGGCUAUAUGAAGUGGACAUCAAGGAGAAGGAAUGCUACCCUGUUUACUGGAACCAGCAAGAUCGUAUUCCUGUGAUGAGAGGCCUGUGGUUCAUUGAUGGAACCUGGCUUCCUUUGGAGGAAGAUGAGAGUGACAUGAUCGAGCAAGAGCACUUAACACGUUUCCGAGGUCAACAAAUGAGGGACACCUAUGAAAUGGAAGCGGUGACCACCACAGUUGACAGCAAAGAUGCUAUUCACAGUUUGAAGCUGAGCCGCAGCCAUGUUGACUGGCACAGUGUUGAUUUGGUGUACCUGUACAGCGAUGCUACCACUUCUAAGAUUGCACGAACUGUCACUCAGAAACUGGGCUUCUCUAAAGCUUCCAGCAGUGGGACACGUCUCCAUAGAGGGUAUGUAGAAGAGGCAGCACCUGAGGACACUCCACCUGAAACCACCCACAUUGUGUUUGUGGUGCAUGGCAUCGGUCAGAAGAUGGACCAGGGUCGGAUCAUUAGGAACACCAGCAUGAUGAGAGAUGCUGCCAGAAAGAUGGAGGAUAAGCACUUUCCUAAUCGCACUACAGAGCAUGUUGAGUUUCUUCCUGUUGAAUGGCGAUCAAAACUGGCUCUUGAUGGAGACAUGGUUGACACCAUCACGCCAGACAAACUCAGAGGUCUCAGAGAUAUGUUGAACAGCAGCGCCAUGGAUAUUAUGUACUACACUAGCCCACUCUACAGAGAUGAGAUUACCCGAGGUCUGACUCUAGAGCUGAACCGUCUUUACUCACUUUUCUGCUCGCGGAAUCCAGACUUUGAAAAAAAUGGGAAGGUCUCAAUUGUGUCACACUCUUUAGGCUGUGUCAUCACUUUUGACAUUAUGACUGGCUGGGACCCGGUGCGCUUUCACCAUUUAGAAGUGCCAGAUCCUGAAGAAACAAAGGCCCGUUGGCCAAGUGAUGAAGAGCGCCAUCUUCAGGAGCAGCUUAGACUUACACGUCUCAGGUUGAGGGAUUUGGAAGAUCAGUUCCAGGGCUUGCAGACAUUGUCUUGUGUUGCAGUACCAGCUUUGAAAUUUAAGGUGGAGAAUUUCUUCUGUAUGGGCUCCCCUCUGGCAGUAUUUUUGGCAUUACGAGGCAUCCGUCCAGGAAGCAAUGGUGUGCAGGACCAUAUCCUCCCCACCUCAAUCUGCAAACGCCUCUUCAACAUAUUCCAUCCCACUGAUCCUGUGGCGUACAGAUUGGAACCUCUUAUCUUAAAGCACUACAGUAACAUUGCACCUGUUCAAAUCCACUGGUACAACACCACCAGCCCCACUCCAUAUGAUCAAAUCCGCCCCACGCUGCUUAACCUUUCCAAAGAGGCAACAUCUAUAUCGGACUCAGAAAGCCUUCCUAGUCCCUGUACCUCCCCGCCCCAGGCACGGCGACAUUAUGGAGAGUCCAUCACCAACCUGGGCAAGGCCAGCAUCAUGGGUGCUGCAAGUAUAGGAAAAGGAAUCGGGGGAAUCCUGUUUUCGCGCUUUUCUAGAUCCAGUGGCCAGGUGUGUGGAGUAGAAGAAGAGCCCUCGGAGUUUGAGGGUCCAACCACAGAAGUAGAAAACGCAGCGGGAGAGAAGGCAAUGCUUCCAGAAAGUGAUGAAAAGGAGAAACCAGUCGAGGAAGAGCAGAGGGAAAUAGAGCACUCAAUGUCACAGUCUACUUCCGUAGUCAUGGACCACGCCUCUUUGGAACUGGAAAGACGCAUCGACUUUGAGCUGCGAGAGGGCUUGGUCGAGAGCCGCUAUUGGUCGGCAGUGACGUCACACACAGCCUAUUGGUGCUCUUAUGACGUGGCACUUUUCCUCCUUACGUUUAUGUACAGACCCCAGGAGCCUCCUGAAACUGCUGACAACAACACAGAUGCCUCAUAGAAAAUACAUGCAUACUUGUCAAUUCAUUUUCUAUUCGCACGUUUAAAAAAGAAAGUGAGCGCACUGCCUUUCUCAGUUACAGAUGAAUUAUAAAAUUCUCUACCUAAAAAAUUUUAUUGAUUAAAGACUAAUGCUAUUUUUUACACUGAUACACUUUCUAAAAUUUGAAAUUUUUUAACCUUAAUGUUAUUAUAGAGUAAAUCCAUGUUAAUUUCUUCAUGUUAUUUAUGCAUCAUGGAUUAGAAUUUCGACACAUUCAUUUAAAUUAGCUUCACAGAAGAAUGAAAUGACUGUUACCAAGUGAAUUGAAACUGAAUUGACAUUGACAAACAUAAGUGCACGCACGCACACACACACACACACACACACACACACACACACACACACACACACACACACACACACACACACACACACACACUUGAGAGUCAUCCCAGUUUACACAC